CCUUUGUUUACAUGGGCCGGUGGCUGGCGGAGGCGGCGCCGCCGGGGGAGGGAGCGCUGCGCUCGCACCAGCUGUUUCCCGCCUUGAGCGGCAGAGGCGCGGCGCGCUCAGCUGGGGCCGGUUCCCGCAUGGAGUACUUCAUGGUGCCCGCGCAGAAGGUGCCCGCGCUGCAGCACUUCAGGAAGUCAGAGAAGGAGGUGAUCGGCGGGCUCUGCAGCCUUGCCAACAUCCCACUGACCCCAGAGACCCAGCGGGAUCAGGAGCGGCGGAUACGCAGGGAAAUUGCAAACAGCAACGAGCGAAGGCGGAUGCAGAGCAUCAAUGCCGGCUUCCAGUCUCUAAAAACCCUCAUUCCACACACAGAUGGGGAGAAGCUCAGUAAGGCGGCGAUUCUCCAGCAAACAGCUGAAUACAUCUUCUCUCUGGAGCAGGAGAAGACUCGGUUACUGCAGCAGAACACACAGCUCAAGCGGUUCAUCCAGGAGUUCAGUGGCUCCUCUCCAAAGCGGCGGCGGGCGGAGGACAAGGACGAGGGCAUUGGCUCGCCGGACAUCUGGGAGGACGAGAAGGCAGAGGAUCUGCGCCGAGAAAUGAUCGAACUCCGACAGCAGCUCGACAAGGAGCGGUCGGUCCGCAUGAUGCUGGAGGAGCAGGUGCGCUCCUUGGAAGCCCACAUGUACCCUGAGAAGCUCAAGGUGAUCGCCCAGCAGGUGCAGCUCCAGCAGCAGCAGGAACAGGUGAGAUUGCUGCACCAGGAGAAGCUGGAACGUGAGCAGCAGAUCCGAACGCAGCUCCUGCCGGCACACGGUCCCCCAGCACCCACCCAUCAUCCCACUGUGAUUGUACCAGCGCCGCCUCCUUCCCAUCAUGUCACCGUGGUAACCAUGGGCCCAUCCUCCGUAAUCAACACAGUGUCUACAUCCAGGCAAAACCUGGACACCAUUGUUCAGGCAAUUCAGCACAUUGAAGGGACGCAGGAAAAGCAGCUGCAGGAGGAGGAGCAGAGGCGUGCAGUCAUCGUGACGCCUGUCCGGGCGUGCCUGGAGCCCUCCAAUUCUGACACCGCCUCCGACACAGAGGGAGAUGACAGUGACUCCAUGGAUCAGAGCAAGGAAGAUCCCUCAGGGGAGGGGGAGCUGCCCUGACACCCCCAGCCAGUAGCAGGGAAAGGGGUGGGACCGGGGGAUGGGAAUGUCAGAGAAUAUGCUGAAAUUUUUAAAAAAUACAAUGCGAUUUGGGUCUCUUUUAUGACCUUUUUCAAUACUGUAAAUCGGGGCGCUAGAACCAGAUACGCUGAAAGUUCAUGCUGCAGUUGAAAGCAAACCAGGGGGAGGGAGGGGGGUGCUGUGUCAGUGAACCAGCACUGGGGGAGGGAGGGGAGCUGUUUUUAACUAGAGAUGGGCCAAAACUGGAACCCAGGAUCUGAACUCAGAUGAACUGUUUUGGGGUUCGGGUAACUGGGACCUGGAACCAAAUUGCUUGUGGUUUUGUAAAACUCAAACCCACCUUACAGUAAUCUUGCAAAACUAGUCCCGGCUUUAUCCAGCACUGGUGCAAUGGAUGGCGUGGCUGGUGCACGGGCGCUGGGCUGUUCAUGGGCCGGCCUGAGUUCUUGUUUCUUGUUUGUUGGUAGUUUCUCUAUUUUAAAAAAA